CCUGCCAACUACAUCAUAUCCAGAACACCGGAGAAGAUGUCUAACGUCACCACACUGUGUAUAAUAACCCUCCUAUUUCUAACGUCGUCCCAUACUCGUGCCCGACCGGAGCCGACAUUUCGCGGCGUCACUUCCAUGGAAACUCAUAGAAGGGAUAAUGAAGAACAUAUGGUAGAUGUGGAUCAAAAGAGCUGUGAUGGAAUUGGAGAAGAUGAAUGCAUGAUGAGAAGAACCCUUGAAGCUCACCUUGAUUAUAUCUAUACGCAGAAACAAAAGCAACCAUAACAUUUUCAUUUUUCUUUUUGAAGAGUUAUACAUACAUGUACGCGUACGAGUGUUUAGAUUUGUUGUGCUAUACGUAUUUCUAUUUCCUUUAGAAUUUCUUUUCCAGAAUAGGAAAGGUCCGUUGUGAAUUAUUGCCAGUGUAGGCGUCAUGCUAUGUACAAAUAUAUAUUUGAUCAGCACACUCAUUUCGUUUCUCCUUUUU